AUGGACACGCCCGAGUACGCAACUGAAAAAACCAAAAUGCUGCGCGGCGAGAUGUACCGCGCCUUCACACCAGGACUCAUGGCCGCACGCCACCGCUGCAAAGUCGCCGUGCACGCCUUCAACAACGCCGGGAUUGUGCCUCGACGACGACAGGUCGAACUCUGGAGAGCGAUCAUCCAAGACCCCCGUCCCCUGCCCCCGCCCGCUUCCUCCCCGGAAGGAGACGAAGCGCUCUUCGAGCACGACCCCUGGGUCGAGGAUCCCAUCCGCGUGGACUAUGGGUUCAAUGUGCAGGUGGGCGCGGGCACGUUUAUCAAUUCCAAUUGCACGAUCAUCGAUACAUGUCGCGUGGUGAUCGGCGAGCGGUGUCUGUUCGGGCCGAAUGUGAGUCUGUAUAGCGGCGUGCAUCCGCUGGAUGCGGAGGUGCGGAAUGGUACGGCUGGGCCGGAGUAUGGGAAGGAGAUUCACAUCGGUGAUGAUUGUUGGUUGGCGGGCGAUGUUAAGGUUCUUGCUGGGGUCACUAUUGGGAAGGGCUCGACGGUGGGGGCUGGGAGUGUCGUUACUAGAAAAAAGGGGUGGGGGGCUGUGAGCUGA